CGGAAACGCCAGCCGAAGUAUCGCCGCCGUUCGACUACCGCUUCGUAACACGCUUCGUUCCGAUGCAUCACAACGGGCAUGAAGAUGACGACGACGAAGCCGCGAGUAAGCGCACCGAGGAUUCUUCGAUGGGCCGCAAGUCGGGCCCGGGCCCUCCGCUGGGCUACCUGGGGACGCCAACAACAACAGCGCCGCCGCCGUCACCGCUACAAGGUCGGUCAGAGGACGGCAUGGCGCCCUGACGAUCGCGUCUGCUAUAUUUAGUGCGCAGCCCGUGUAGUAUGAGCCAAGAGUCUCGCUGUGUGGAAUGGCAUUUUUCCUGCGCUCUUCUCAGCCUCGCUAGUUGUAGGCUCCGUGCGGAAUCGCUCGCACGUCAACAGUGUGCCUUGCGGGCCCCGUCCAUGGACGACGAAUCGUCCGCUGCCGUCGUAAGUCGCCCGCCGCCUGCAUCGUCGUCUGCUGGAGCUGUUCCUCCUCCGCUUCUCAACGGGCAUGCUUGUAGGGAUUCGCCGCCGCCGAACUUCCUCGUGCGAACCGGUAGGGCCUUGUACGCCCGGUUCGCGUCUCUGCUUCAAGAACAGGGUGUCGACUGUGGUGGGUUCUGCGACAGUGAGCACACGUCACCGCCGUCGGAGGAGAAUACGCCCAGGAAGGUUCCGAGUAUUGUGACGCAGGACUUUCCGUACCCCGUCGCGAAGGAUUUGGUGCGGCCUCCUCUACGCAAGGACGAUUCGUCUUCGUCCGACUUAGCUGUCGCGGAUGAUAGUUUUGAAGACGCUCCUGAUGGUGCUGCUGAAGAGUUCAAAGACGAAAAUGUACCUGUCGCGCAAGACGACGUCGAGCCGGUAGUGCCUGACGCCGACUUCGCGCCUCCUUUUACUCCCCCGUUACUCGAUACCGGAGUAGGAAGAGAAUAUUUUUCGGCGGCUCUGCAGGACAUCGUCGUUGAUUUACCCAUUGGCGACACCGGUAUCGAUUCACUCGAGAGUCCGUCUGCUGAAUUACUAGAAGUUGAAUACGUGCCGCUGCACGACGGUGCUCUCCCGCGCCUACCUCCCCUUGAACUAGAGACGCAUGGUGGGCUGGACUUUUCCAUUGAAUCGUCCAUCCCGUCCCAGACCGAUCUGUCUUCUUCGUCCGAGACGUCAACCCCUCCCAUAGUUCCUAGUUCACUGCUGGACUCCGACACUUCUCCGUACGCGGAAUUAUCAUCACCUCCAGCUCUGGAUUCAUCAAGUACCUCCGCGCCUGAAGCCGCGCCUCCCAAACCCACGGACGAUACUCCCAAACCUGAUACAGGAGAAGAAGAGGCUAAGCCAGUCGCAUCUCCCACAGAACAAGCUAAGACUACUACCGAAGAAGUACCGGUGCCGCCAGCAGAGGCGGCUCCUGCACCGGCAACACCAAUGCCGUCGUCCGAUGUGCCUUCAUUCGAAAUCACGCCGGUGGGCGACAAGCCCCAACGAGAACCGUUCAAGAAAUCCCGAAGGUUCUCGCGGCACAAGUUCUCUGACCCCAACGACAAGAGCAAAAUGGUCAGCCAUAUCAGGGUGGUCGACGCUGAAGAAGACUUCAGAGAGCAACUUCGAGCAGCAGCUGGGCUGUCUUCGCCGGAAAAGGCGCCGACCAUCGUGACCAGCGAAGACGAGGACAGCGGCGAGAGGACGCCCCUGAUAAGGAGUACGUCGCUGAAGACGGGCAAGACACCGCCGGGAACCCCGUACAAGAAGAAGAUCGUACGCUUUGCCGAUGCCCUGGGGCUAGACUUGGCUGCCGUGCGGACGAUAGUCAGCGAGGACCUUCCCAACGUGCCCCAGUCGGCGUUCGCGCAGCUGGACGUGCACGGCGGCAAGACGCGGUUUGUGUCCGGUUCCGGACUGGACCUGAUGGACACGGACGAGCAGGUGUCGACGGGGACCUUCGUUCCCGCGUUCGAACAACCCGGUGCCAUGCCCGAUUUCUGGACACGUCUUCGUAACCAGAGGGUGUGCCUGGAGUCCGUAGUACCGUCCGGGGCGACGGCCCACGCUGUUAUACGUGUCAUGAACGUUGCCUUCGAGAAGCUGGUUGUGCUGAGGUACACGACGGACGCCUGGACGAGUUUCACGGACAUCCGCGCCACAUUCUUGCCCAGUUCGUCGGACGGGUUCUCGGACCGCUUCGCGGCGGACAUCAAACUGAACAAUCCGACAGCGGGGAUGACGCUGCAGAUGUGCGUCAAGUACGUCGUCGGCGGCGUGGAAUAUUGGGAUAGCAAUAGCGGAGCUAAUUACUCCAUGGAGUACCAGGAGAAGCAGAAAGAGAUCAACGUUGAGAUGACGCCGCUCAUGAAGUAUUUUUGACGACGAAUCGGGCCAAGAAGGGGAACGGAAUAAUGUACAGAUAUUACGCAACGGGAAACAGAAAGAACGAAUGGAAGACGUCAAGUGAGAAUGAAGGCAUAGUGGAUGGAGCAACGUGACUUUGUAGUGGCAUAUCCGGGACGGGAAAAGUUGUGCUACUAGAUGGACACACCCACGACGUUAAAAUCAACGGGUCGGAUUGGGGACGCUGUGCUUUGGAUUACCGAGAAAGAGAGGAUGAGAAAGCGAUUGUCACGGUGUCUUUGGAUUACCAUCAAGAGUUCUCGAUGCAUGGCAAAGGAAACUGGUGAGAAAUGUGACUUUGGAGGGGUGUGGCGUAGGGAUGCGUGUGUGUGCGGUGCUUUUAAUCACUAGGGUGCAGGAACUCGUAGGUGGAAUCUCAAAUGUUUUCAGGGGCUGGCCCCAAAUUGGAUUGUACGUACUGACCGAAGAACGAAAGAGAGAGAGAAAAAAAGAGAGAAAAGAAAUGUAGCAUGAAAGGUUGUGUCGUUGUUGUUCGAGUUGGGUGUCAUCUUAGUCAUAAUAUAUUUAUGAUGUAAAUAAAAGAAUAAUAUAUAAGCAAUAAAUGUGUACGAAAAUUUCAA